CGAUGAUGAUUAUGGAAAACUUCGUAUUAAAGGUAGACAUCAUCAUCAUCAUCAUCAUCAGCGACAAUUACGACAAAAUAAUUGCCAAUAUUUAAAAGAAAAACGUUCACAACAUCAGCAAAAAUCGCUACAAUCACAAAUGAAAAUAACACAACAACAACAACAACAACAACAACAACCAGCAUCUCCAGCAUUAGUGGGUCAAUUAUCGAUUAUAUCACCAGAAAGUGAACAAUCAUCACAGGUAACAUCAGUGACUAAUUGUAGUGAACUUCUUCAAACAACUGGAACAACAUUUAGUUCAGAGGGUACCGGUUCAGGUUCAGCAUAUCCAUUUACAAUUGAUUAUCAACAACCGGGACCAAGUACAGAAUGUACUGGUGGUGGUGGUGGUAGUGUACCAACAACAACAGCAACGAAUAGUGGUAAAUUUCAGCCACAAAAAUUAAUUGCAUCCGGUAGUAGUAGUAGUGGUGGUGGUCGUAUUCUCAUGGGUGGUUAUGCUUUAGAUUUUGACGAUGAUGACGAUGACGAUAAUGAUGAUGAUUAUGAUGAUGAUGAAGUAUAUGAAAUGGAAACAACUGGAUCUGAACAUAAUCAAUUCGGUUUUCAUCAUCAUCAUCAUCAUCAUGAUAAUCAUGUGGAUGCUGAUUUUGCAUUGGCUGAAGGUAGUAGCCAAGAUGAUGAAGAAAAAGCUAAAUUUGAAUUUGAAUUU